UCCCACCCCGAGGGACCCCGGACCUCACAGGUGACCGGGUCCCAUCGGUUAUCCUGAAGUGUCCCCUCCAGUUGGGGAGGGGGGCAGAGGGAGCCAGGCAGACACAGCCCGAGGAAACUCAGUGCAUGGCCCCACUCACCUUCACCAUGCUUCAACGGACCCGCGUCUCCAGGGGCAGCUCCUACUUCUGGGGGAACGCCAGCCUGGACGGAAAGCUCAGCCAUCUCCUAGAGGAGUUUAACGUAACCCAGGUGCUGCCGCUGGAGCCCCCGGAAACCUGGGCCAGGAGGCAACAGGACGUGGCCACCUACCUGCAUAACUUCAGCCAGCUGAUGAAGCUCUUCAACAAGGAGAGGCCCAUCAACUACACCCAAAGCCUGUGGUGCCACCUGGGCUGCCACCUCUUCCCCAAUGGCACUACCAAGAGCUUCUAUGAGGUGACCCUCAACGGGACAGCUUUCCUCAGCUUCCAUGUCCACAACGCCACCUGGGAGCGGCGCUGGCCCGGCCGGGAGGAGGUGGCCACCUUUGUUGAGAAGGAGCUGAUGAAGUACAACGAGACCACCCAGCAUCUCCAGCAUUUCCUCAACACCACCUGUGUCGGCAUCCUGCGGGCCCAGAGCACCUGGACGGGCACGCAGAGCAGCCGGCCACAUGCUCCGCUGGUGCUGGGCCUGAUCCUGGGGACCUUUGCCUUGCUGGGCAUGGCUGUGGGGAUCUUCUUGUUCACAAGAGGGAGCUGCUAGCAGAGCCAGCAGCUGGACCAUGUCACCGUGUGGAGGCAGGGGACAGACCCACCAUCAAUCCAUGGAGGCAGGGGAUGGACCCACCAUCACACUGCAGAGGUAGUGGAUGGACACACUACCACCCUGUGGAGUUGGUGGACAGACCCACCAUCACCCUGCAGACCUAGACUGUGAGUUUCAAGAGAGACAUCUCCCCAGCACUCCAGCACCACUUUGCUUCCAAAGGACACCAAUGGCUUGCCUGCCUGAUCCCAGCUGGGUGGACCCCCCCAGCAGCAGCACUGUGCCCCAGACAUGGUCCACAUGCCAGGCUGGCAUGGUGCAUGGAGACUUUAAUGCAGAAAUACACUUGGCAUGGAUGGAAAAGCUGGGGAAGAGGUAGAAGGGAGGAGAGGAGAAGGAGCCCAGAAUGGGUCAAAAGGAUGAAACUCUCAUUUCUCCCUGUUCUGGUGGGGAGGAGGUUGUCCCACAAGGUCAUGUAAUAAACUCACCCACCAACACUCACUCUGAUUGCUCUCAUUUCCA